AUGAAGUUUCUGAAGCCCGGCAAGGUUGUGAUCAUGACUUCGGGCCGGUAUGCCGGCAAGAAGGCUGUGAUCGUGCAGAACACGGAUACGAGGAACAAGGAGCGCCCGUACGGUCAUUCGUUGCUCGCCGGAAUUAAAAAAUACCCAAGAAAGGUUGUGCGCGGGAUGAGCAAGCGCUCCAUCACACGCCGCUCGCAAGUUGGUGUGUUCCUCCGCGUUGUGAAUCACAAGCACUUUCUACCAACCCGAUACAACAUGGACCUCUCGCGUGAACUGCGCGGUCGCAUCAAUGUUUCCGACGCAUCGAAGAAGGCGAAGUCGAAGCAGUUGGUGAAACGUCUGUUUCAGGCCCGCUACAACGCCGGUAACAACCGUUGGUUCUUCCAGCGCCUUCGCUUCUAA